GAUGCAGUUACUCACCUUUAGAAACUACUCCUCUCCCAACUUCUCCAUCAUCUCUCCCUCUCAACCCUUUAAUAUUCUGUGUCUUUCUGUGACCAAAACCCGUGAAGAAAAUGGCAGCCACCUGCAUAGACAUUCUCUUGGCCAUCAUCUUGCCCCCCCUUGGUGUCUUCCUCAAGUUUGGAUGCCAGGCGGAGUUCUGGAUCUGUUUGGUGCUGACUUUUUUCGGCUACCUUCCUGGAAUUGUCUAUGCUGUCUAUGUCAUCACCAAGUGAUAAUCCACUCUCUGGUGGUGGGGGAAUGUGGAGGGCCCAUGGAGUUAGCUUGAUUGUUACUUCUGGAUGGACAGUACUGAUUUGGAGUAUUACCUAAUGGAUGAUUCCACAUUCAUCGUGUGCCAGCGGUUUUUGUUCUUUUCCUUCAUUUUGUUUCAAUUAGGAGAAAAACUUGUUGGUGGGUGAUUACAAUGGUGGUGGUCAUUUUAGUGUUUUGCUAGAAUAUCAAAUUUGUUUCCAUGUUUCCAUGUCUUUGUACUAUUGUAUUGUCACAAUUAUUAUUAUCUAUUAAAAGUAUGAAGUGAUAUUUUCUUGUACC